AUUAAAUUUACUAAGAAUAUUAUUUUCUGCAGGCAAUCAUCCUCACAGUGAUGCUGCUACCUCUGCGGCUGGGCGUCAUCGUGGGCCUUCUUGUUCUUGCUUGGCUGCUGGCCUGCCUCGGAAUGGUGGGGCUUUCUGAAGAAGACAUCACCCAACGACCACUUCUCGGAUGGAGGAGGAAGGUGAAGAACAUCAUUGCCAAGAUCAUGUGCAUGACCUACCGCGCUGGAGGGAUGUCUGUAGUAGUCAAAGGAAGGCAGGCAAGCCGUUCCCAGGCGCCUAUACUUGUCAUAGCGCCACACUCGACGUUCCUCGACGCAGUCAUAGUAUACGUCACAGGAUUCCCCAGCAUCAUCGUGAGGAAGGAGAGUGGCUCAAACCCUUGGCUAGGAAAACUGAUCAACUACACACAGCCCGUUUACGUUAGGAGAGAAGAUCACGAUUCUAGGCAGAAGACAGUACAAGAACUCAUCAACAGGGUCAACUCAAAGGAAGAUUGGUCCCAAAUGCUGAUCUUUCCCGAAGGCACAUGUACCAACAGAUCCUGCCUGAUCACCUUUAAACCGGGAGCUUUCUAUCCAGGACUUCCUAUCCAGCCAGUCCUGAUCAGAUAUCCUAAUAAAGUGGACACAGUUACCUGGACUUGGGAAGGUCCAGGAGUCAUUAAGUUGAUGUGGCUGACAUUAGUUCAACCUCAAAGUGUCUGUGAGAUCGAGUUCCUGCCAGUCUACACACCUUCUGAAAUUGAGCGCAGGGAUCCAAAGCUGUAUGCACAUAAUGUUCGACAACUCAUGGCAAGAGCACUCGGAAUUCCUACUUUAGACUAUACAUAUGAUGAUUGUAAACUGGUUUCUCGGGCCAAAAAAUUAAGCUUUUCAAAGACUUCACCACUUGUUCGGGCACACCAAUUGAGAGUGAAGAUUGGCUUAUCAAGGAAACAAAAGGAGGAGGAAUUGCUUCUAGAAAAACCUGGAAUAAUGAGAAAAACACAAAUCAUCAAUUACCAACAAUUUGCAGAAAUUCUGGAACAUCCUACAUCAGACCCAGACCUACAAGAAUUGUUCAGCUUAUAUGACAGGGAAGAUCAAGGGUACAUUGAUUUGAGGGAGUACUUAUUAAGUGUUGUUCUAGUUAACAAAUCUGAGAGGAAAGCAGAAAUGGUUCAUCAAGCAUUUGAGGUGUUCGGAGGGAAAGUAACUAGUCAAGAGUUUGAUCUUAUCUUAGGCCUUGUAUUUCAAAUGAGCUCAUAUGAAAUCAAUAGUAUUUUUGCAGAAAUUGACAUCAAUAAUAAUGGCUACAUUACUUAUGAGGAGUUUGAAGAGGACGCUGUAGGGAGACAAGAGUUCAGUUUAAUAUACGGUUCAAGAAUUAGGAGGCCCUCGACACCAAAAGAUGAGACUAAGACUAAAUAA